AUGCCAGAAACGAGACCCAAGUCGGUAUUAGUGACCGGCGCGAAUGGCUACAUUGGCAAUGCGGUCGCGCGAGCCUUCGUACGUGCAGGGUGGAUCACCUACGGACUCGUCCGCAACCAAGAGACCAGGGCGUCCCUCAGAGCAGACGAGAUCAUAUCCAUCCUUGGAUCAGCAAGUGACAAAACCUACGUCGAGAGGUCGGCAAACCAAACAAGAUUCGUGUUCGACGUGAUGGUCUCUUGUACCGAGCAGAUCUCGGACUAUGUUCCGCACUUCAAUGACACCAUUGCCCUUUUACGCGCGCUUGCUACAGCAAGCAGUAAAAUGGGUAUCCGUCCUUUAGUUAUGUUUACGUCCGGGUGUAAGGACUAUGGUACGACUGGUCUCGAUCGGUCAGACAAUCUGUCGCCGCACACAGAAGAGUCGCCGGUGAAUGCACCGUCGCUCCUUGCCGCACGUGCAUCCCACGCCAUCAAGAUCUUCGAUCAUACGGAUCUCUUCGAUGCUGUAGUUGUCCGUCCCACCACCCUCUACGGUCUCAGUGGCAGCUUCUACGGCCCAAUCUUUGACGUAGCAACUAAGGCUGCCGAGAAAGGCGUGCUGGAGCUUAGGGCAGACCCGAAAAGCAUCAUGCAUGGGACUCACGUCGAUGACUGUGCGGAAGCUUACGUUGCACUUGCUGAGGCUGAUAGGGAUGUGGUAAAGGGUCAGUGUUACAACAUUUCAGGGCGGCGGUACGAGACACUUGAGGAGGUUGCGAAUGCACUUGUUGAAGAGUAUAAGAUCAAAGAUGGUGUCAAACAUCUACCGGAGAAGGAAAAGAAUGCGGCAGUGGAUGUAGUGCAGAUUGUUGUUUGGCUUUAG